AUGGUGACGACAUGCAUUCUCUCCACCGGAAACAUCAUGACCGCCGGCGCCGAAGUCAUCCGGCGGCCGACAGUCGGCGGCUCAAACACCGAACUCGUCAAUUCGCUGCGCGAGAAGUUCAAAGCGGCCUCCGCCGACGAGUCCGCCCCGACUGAGAACGGCAAUGGCAAUGGCAACGGCGCCGGCGCACAUCGGCUCAAGGUCGAGGAGUGGACGAGCGUGGGUGAGGAUGGGAUAAUGUACAUCCCCGCCGCGGCGAACAGCGAGCCGGAGGUGCUGGUCGAGGAUAGGGAGGAGUAUGAUGUUACCGUAAAACUAUUCUACCUCCCGGACUCCCCCGCCGCCUCCCGCCCCCAACACACCCAAGACGCCAUCCGCCUCGUCACCACAGCCCUCGGCAUUCCAACCAUAACCCUCCUCAUCAUCUCCUUCCCGCACAUCACCUUCGACGCCGACGACGACGAGCACUCGCCCCCCGCCGACAUCCUCUCCUGGGCGCACACCUACCGUUCCGUCGAGGCCCUCCACGCCGCCGGCACCAUCGCGCGCAUCGGUCUCGCCGAAUUCGGGACUUCCCGCCUUGAACAAUUUCUCCCGCACACCAUCGUGCGGCCAAGUGUGGACCAGAUCAACGUUCGCGACUGCUGCGUCGUGCCGCGGCCGCUGAUACUGUAUGCGAAGCAGAACGGCAUCGAGCUGUUGACGCAUAAUGACUGUGCGGAUGUGCUGCCGGCGGAGACGAUGAAGGGCCUGCUGGAGGAGUUUGGGGUUGUGGGGGCGGAGAAGGAGGUCAGGCCGUUGUGGGUCGUCAAGUAUACGGCGGUGAUUAGGAGCCGGGGGGUGGUGGAGAAUAAAGGGUAUAUCUUGAUGACGGAGAUUGACGAUUGA